CUCCGGGGGGCGUCCGGCCAUGUGGUGCCUCCAAUGCUCCUCGGAGCGCCGCCCGGGGCAGCUGCAGCACAAGCUCCUGCACUGUGUGGAAGGAGACCCGCCAGGAAGUGAGGCCGGCACUAUCGUGGACAAUCUGGGCAGUCAGCCCCCAUACCGCUGCGCCCCCGAGGUGACCAAAGUCGAGCACUACGAUUUGGCGCCGACGUCGUCCUCUGUAUGUCACACGCCGUCGCCGGGGCUGCCGUGGGCCCAACGUGCUCGGCUACAGCCAGCCAGCGUGGCGCUGAGGAAGCAAGAAGAGGAGGAAAGCAAGCGCUCCAAGGCAUUGUCGGACAGCUAUGAGCUCUCCACAGACCUUCAGGACAAAAAGGUGGAGAUGCUGGAGCGGAAAUAUGGGGGCUAUUUCCUAAGCCGGAGAGCCGCCCGCACCAUCCAAACGGCCUUCCGCCAGUACCGCAUGAACAAGAAGUUUGAGCGCCUGCGCAGUUCGGCGUCCGAAAGCCGCAUGUCGCGGCGGAUCAUCCUGUCCAACAUGCGGAUGCAGUACUCCUUUGAGGAGUACGACAAGGCCCAGAACGCUCCUUACUUCGAAGGCAAGCCCGCCUCGCUAGACGAGGGGAGCAUGGCCAGCACUCGCCCCCACCUGUUGGACCGGGGCCUGCCCUACGGAGGCUCCUGCAGGGCUGGCUUGGAAGGCAACUCUCUGCAUUCCUCUUCUGGAGGCUUCUGCAACGAUAUCACGGAGCUGGAGGACUCCUUCUCUAAGCAGGUAAAAUCUUUGGCCGAGUCCAUUGACGAAGCGUUGAACUGCCACCCGCUGGGGCAGGAGGGCGGGCCGGGCGGCCCCUCCUUGGAAAAGAGCGAGUCCAAGGAGCAGCAGGGCGACAGCGCGGCCACUUCUUUCAGUGACGUGACGCUGUACCUGGACGAGGGGGGUCCCACGUCGCCCCUCUCCCUGGAGCGCCCGCCCAGUACCGAGCCCCCUGAGUCGGGCGGAGGAGUGCCCGUCCCGCCCCCCCCUCGGCCGGAGUACUGGGGCGGGCCCCAGCGGGAGGACAGCCGGGAGAACGGGGGCGGGAGCCGGCGCAGCACCCCUUGCAUGGAAUGCCGGGACUUCCGCCUGCGCGCAGCCCACCUCCCGCUGCUGACCAUCGAGCCCCCCAGCGACAGCUCGGUGGACCUCAGCGACCGCUCGGACCGGGGCUCCUUGAACCGGGGCCUCAUUUACGAGCAAGAUGGCUGCAGCCCCCACGGCACCCUCAAGCAGCACCCCGGCGGGCCCGCCCGCUCCCCGCACCCCCACCGGCAUUACCACUCCGAGCCCAACCAGCCGCCCCCGCCUCUGCCUCUGCCGCCCCCCCAGGCCCCCGGCCGCCUGCCCCCGCCCCCUCCGCCGGACAACUCGGACGGCGACAACGACAGCCUGAACAGCACCACCAACUCCAACGAGACCAUCAACUGCAGCUCGGGCUCCUCCUCACGCGACAGCCUCCGGGACCCUCCCCCUCCCACCCCUGCCACCACCUCGGGCCCCGGAGGGCCCUGCAAGCAGACCUACCAGCGGGAGACGCGGCACAGCUGGGACUCCCCCGCCUUCAACAACGACAUCGUGCAGCGGCGCCAGUACCGCAUCGGCUUGAACCUCUUCAACAAGUACGAGAGGCGUGGGCAGAGGCGGGGCGGGAUCAAGGGUCUUGCAAACGCAGGAGCGCACCGAGCCAAGCCCCAGUCACUCAGCCAGCGCUGCAGGGGCCACUUGGCUCGGACCGUGCAGCUGGAACAACGACUGCUUUUGGCUCGCCGGCUGCGUCUUCUCACUCUGCUGAAGGAGGUGGUGGCCCCCAUUGUCCGCGCCACUGGCCCGGUUGAAGCUAAACGCCCCUGCAGUGCUGGCCAUUCGCUGUGCGUGGGGGUGCGCGCCCGCCUGUCCGUCGAGGGGAGUCCCACGAGCAAAGGACGCAUUUUGCUGCGGUGCAGAAUUCUGCCCCCGGAAAACGUCUUGGCUGUCCUUCAAAUAUUCCGAUAG